AUGGCGUAUGAUCACUAUGUGGCCGUUUGUUACCCACUGAGGUACACAGUCAUCAUAGACUCUCGACUCUGUGGCCUGCUGAUUGUAUUCUCUUUCUUCACUAGCACCUUGAACGCCCUGCUCCAUAGCCUGAUGUUGUUGCGACUGUCCUUCUACACAGACCUGGAAAUCCCCCAUUUCUUCUGUGAACUUGCUCAGGCUCUCAGACUUGCCCAUUCCAAUACCCUCAUCAAUAACAUCAUGCUAUAUUUUAUGUCUCGCAUAUUUGCUGGUAUUCCUCUCUCUGGGAUCAUUUACUCUUAUGCGCAAAUUAUCUCCUCCAUUCUGAGAAUGCCAUCAGCUGGCGGAAAGUAUAAAGCUUUUUCCACCUGUGGCUCUCACCUCUCAGUUGUUUUCUUGUUCUAUGGGACAGGCUUUGGGGUGUACAUUAGCUCUGCAUUUACACACUCUUCCAGGAAGACAGCAGUAGCUGCAGUCAUGUAUGCUGUGGUCCCUCAAAUGAUGACUCCUUUUAUCUAUAGCCUGAGGAACAGGCACAUGAAGUGUUUGCCUCUGGAAGACCUCCUGCUGCAGGAGAUGACACCCUAA